AUGAGUCCGAGAAUGUACGCGGGCCAAGUUAACGCGCCGGAGUUUCCCGCCGGGCUGGAAUGGCUGAACAUCGACAAGCCGCUGUCCAUGUCGGACCUGCGCGGCAAGUUGCGGAAACUAGAAGAAAAAUACGCCGACGAAUUGGUCGUAGUAGGAGUGCAUUCCGCAAAGUUCGCCGCCGAAAAGGAUCACGAGAAUGUGCGAAAGGCAGUGCUGCGCUAUGAGAUUGAGCACCCGGUGGUCAACGACAAGGACUUCCAGGUGUGGCAGCAGUACGGCGCUCGCGCAUGGCCCACGCUAAUGUUCAUCGACCCCGAAGGGAAGUUGCUGGGCAAGCACGAAGGCGAGUUCGCUGUCACGGACCUCGACGGCCUGUUCUCAAAGAUGAUAGCGGAGUACGACAACAACCAACUCGUCAACCGAACGCCCUUAACCCUAAGCCUAGAGAAGGACAAGGAGUGGGAGCGCGCGCUGUCAUUCCCAGGCAAGGUGCUUGCGGACGAGGCGUCCGACAGGCUGUUCAUCGCCGACUCCAACCACAACCGGAUCGUCGUUACAGACCUGCGCGGAAAGCUGCUCGAAGUCGUCGGAAGCGGCGAGCACGGGCUACGCGACGGGGGCUAUUCAGAGGCGCAAUUCUACGAUCCGCAGGGCAUGGCCCUCAGCGGCGAUACGCUGUAUGUCGCGGACACGAAGAACCACGCACUGCGAGAAAUUGAUCUAGCGAAUCAAAGCGUAAAAACCAUCGCGGGGACCGGCGAGCAGGCACGAAUGUACCAUCGCGGAGGCAACGCGCGAUUCGUGCAGCUCAACUCGCCGUGGGACGUGGUCGUGGAUGGCAUGAAUCUGUACAUAGCAAUGGCUGGUUUUCAUCAGCUAUGGCGCUACGACCUGCUCACUAAGGAAGCCAACCCAUACGCGGGGAAUGGGCGCGAGCGCAUCACAGACGGCGUCCUUUCCAAUGCCGAACUCGCGCAGCCGAGCGGCAUCGUGAGCGAUGGCGAGAAGCUGUACUUCACGGACAGCGAGACAAGCGCCGUGCGGUCAGCUGACAUAAACGGAAAAGGACAGGUUGAGACCAUCGUCGGGCUGCAUCUGUUUGAGUUCGGCGAUGUGGAUGGCAUCGGUGACGAGGUGCGCCUACAGCAUCCCAUCGGAAUUGAGUUGCACGACGGUGUGCUAUACGUCGCGGACACUUACAACAACAAGAUAAAGCGCAUCUACCCUGCCACUCGCGGGGCGACAUCGUACCUCGGCAUAGGCACGCCGGGCCAUGAGGACGGUGCCGGCGCCUUCGCGCAGUUCCACGAGCCGGCCGGUCUAAGUGUGGCGCGCGGCAAGCUCUACAUCGCCGACACGAACAACCACGCCAUCCGAGUGGCGGACCUCGAGACGCGCGAAGUGAGCACGCUGGAGAUCGAAGGGCUGUAA